GCCGCGGUGGUAGUGAAGCUGUCGUGGUUGUGUUUUGCUUUGGCUUUUUUUCUGUUAUUGUUUCGAGUUAUUGGAGCAACCGAGCCAGAGGAGCAAAGCACGGCCGCAUCGUUCGUAGUUGUGUUGUUUUAUUGCGGAUCGUGAAUCUCGCAUACACACGACUCGUUCAGGCCGUUUAUAGAGAGCUGAGGGCUGCGAAGGUGCAAAAUAUCCUGCCUUUGUUUUGUGUUGCCAUGGACAAGGCUUGGCGGGUGGAGUUUAGAAACGUGGGCUGCAGUUACUUCCCUCAGAGCAGAGUCGAUUGCCACUAUACACUGAGCUCACAGCACAACUGGGCCAGCAAUGACUGGAUAGGGCUCUUCAAGGUGGGAUGGUCAUCAGUGAAGGACUACCACACGUUUGUUUGGGCUCUGGCCCCUGCUGACUAUCACGAGGGAACAGAUGUCAACUGCUGUGUGCACUUCCAGGCCUCCUACCUGCCCAAGCCCAGCCCCCAAGAGUAUGAGUUUGUCUACGUCGACGCUAAAGGAGAAGUGUGCUCCCGCAGCUGCAAAUUCACUUUCUGUGCACCAAAACCACUUGAGGACCUGGUGACCCUUGAGGAGGAGCCCCAUGGAGAGGAGGGGGGCACGGACAUGCUGCUGGUGGUACCCAGGGCUGAACUGCUGCAGAGUCGAUUGCAGGAAUGUCUGCGAGAGCGUGCUGAGCUGUUGCAACUGCAGGAGGUGGCAAAGAAGCAAUGGGAGAAAGAGAAAGAAGAGCACAAGAAGGCAAGGCAGGCCGGGGACAGACGCUGCAAAGAGUUGGAAAGUGAUAUCUUCAGACUCCAGGAAGAGCUGAAGUGGAGUACAGAGAAGAUUGAGGAGCUGGAGAAGAAGCAGAAGGAGGAACAGAUUUUAGGAGAAUCACUAGCCCAGGAGAAAACUGCUUUAAUGGACGCAAGGGAGGCGAGUGAGGAGCGAAUCAGAGAGCUAGAGGAGGACAUCAUAACCCUGACACAGAGAGCUCUGGAAAGAGAAACCGAGCUGGAGAGAAUGAAAGAAAGAGCCAAAAGGGCAGGAGCUCUGAGAAAAGAAGACGAGAGCGAGAGAAAGAACCUGCAGACCAAACUAGAACAGACUGAAGGUGAGCUCAAAGGUCUGUCCAAGGAGUUCCAGGGCCUGAGGAACUCCCUUGCCCAGAGAGAUACCAGCGUCCUGCAGCUCCAAAACACUAUCACCACCCUCACUCAGAAACUCACCGUGGCCCACAGGAAAGAGGCGGAGAAUGAGGCAUCGCUGAAGGAGAUGCGGAGCCUGCGGGAGCGUCUGCAUGCGAGUGAGCGUGCCGCUGACGGCUUAAAGAGCGACCUAAGUGCAAUGGUGGCCCAGAGGGAUCACGGGCAGGCUGAGCUGCAUCAGGCUCGUCUGCAGGCCGCCCAGCUCACGCUGCAGCUUGCGGAUUCCAGCCUGGCCCUGAGAGAGGGUAGAGCCCACUGGGCCGAGGAGAGGCAGAAUCUGCAGCACGCUGUUGAGAAAAGCCACGAGCGUCUGGAGAAAGUCAACACAGACAUGCAGAGGAUGGAGGAGAGGCUGCAGGAGGAAAGGAUGGAGAGAGUGAAGCUGGAGGUGGAGAUUGGAAGAGAGAAAGAUUGCAACCGAGUUCAGCUGAGUGAAACCCGCAGAGAACUCCAGGAGCUGAAGGCCAGCCUCAGGGUCGCCCAAAAAGAGAAGGAGCAGCUACUUGCAGAGAAGCAGGAGUUGAUGGAGUACAUCUGUCACCUGGAGCAGAAGAUGGGAACCAUGGCCAGCGCCAACUGGAGCGCCGCCCCUAUUGCCUCUGCAGGGCGCCCCGACUGCGUGCUGUCUGACUCCGAGGAUGAGAACCCAGAGGCUUUGCAGAUCCUCCAAACGCCAAGCCCUCUGGGACACUACAGCCUGUGUGAGCAGGGCCAGCCCGAGUCCUCACUGCUCUCCACGCCUCCUCCCUCCCCCAGGGAGAUGGACAGGAGCGCAGUGGUCAUCAACCAGCCGGCCCCGCUCUCCUUGCCACACCAGGCCAGCGCUGACACUCAGGCGCACAGCUCGGAUUCGGAGGAGGAAUCUGAUCCGCUUCAGUGUGGAAGGAACAGCUCCGGAGACGAAACAGCACUUUUGUUGCCCGAGCUCACGGAUGCUGUUCUCAGUGAUCUGGCUGACAACUCGCUAUGGUAAUCCAGCCACAGCCGCCACAUCACAGAGAGGACUACGCUGGAGUUCGCGCGUUUCCACAUUACUUCCACUAACAAGCACAUACACAGCUCACUCAGUACACAGAUGAAAUGUUAAUAUGCAAAUAUAUCUUGGUAUUUCCUUCUCUCUAGACUGUUGCGUUAUUGCCCUUGCUGUUUUGCCAGUGGUGGCAGGUCAGUGCCGUGUUUAUGACUGACAUAAGGCCGGUGCACCGGUUGAGGCGGCGGGGGCUUUUAGGCACGGGCUCUGGCAUUUGAGAGUUUGCAGGCUGUAACAGAAUGAUUUCUGUUGAAUCAUUGCGAUGUUGAGAGCUUUACGACGGAUGUUAUGUCGUUUUUACGGCGUUUCUGAUUAGGAGUCAUGACAGGCGGUGUAAUUAUGAUGUUUUGUGCGGACCUGGCUCCACUGGAAAUCGCGGCAAAACUCUCUUCCAGCAUUAAAUUCUCCACAGCAGCUUUGAACACUUUUCAUGGCGGCAUAAAGCAAUGAUACGGCGUCAUGCUAAAUUAUAUCCCAGUAAUGUAGGUCUAUGACAUCAUAUUUCUCCUCCAUUUGCUCAGAACUAAGAUUUGAUAUGCACUUUCUUGUACGCGUUAGCGGUUGAUUGUUGUCAUGCAGAUGCAGUUAACAUGAUUUAGCGACGCGGAUGCCGUCUGAGACAGACAAGCUUUAAAAACAGUAGCUUAUAGAACAGAUUGUGCUCUAUUAAGAUGCAACUUUCUGCUUCGGUAACUUCAUAUCAUCCUUCGUAUAAAAUGAACGCUCAGAAGCUUCGCGCUAUAGAUCAGCCGCAGUUUUUAUGCGCUAAUUAACACAGAUUUCAUAAUUAUUUAAAUUUACUAGCCGUUCAUUUGGAUAUCUAGCAUCAGUCUUUAUUAUAGAGUUUAUAUUGUACAGAAAUUCACAGUGACGCGAAGUUUGUGCCUAAAACAAUGACAGAAAAUCAUCUUUAUAGAUCCCGACAUCAGCAUCAUGGUGUUUCCCCUUAGCCCUGUGGCGAUGUACUGCCUACUAAAAACUGCUGCCUACCUUUUAAUCAAUACUGUAUGCAUUUUUCACAAUUUUCUAUUUAUAAUGAUUUAUGCUGCAAUUAAAUUUAUCUUCAGGUUUACUUUGAAAUCCACACAACUCUUUGUGCAAUGUGUAACUAGGUUUUCCAUGCUUGGCUCAGAGAGUUUGCUAGAUACGUGUGAUUGAUGCUUGAUUUUAUCUGCUGUAUUUGCACCCUAUUUUUACUAUAGAGGAAGUUUUUAGAAGAAACGUUGGUAUACGGAUACUUAAUAUGUCCUUUAAUUGUCCUCCUAAUCACCGCGUGUGUCGUGCUCACUCAUGUUUUCGUCUGUACGCCUCACACCUUUUGCUUUAAUGCACUCACCUGGGUUGAGAUGUGAGGCUUGAGUCGUGGCGAGAUCUUCGGUGCUAACAGAAAGGGAACACGUCGUGUUGCAGAGAUGCAAAAAAAGAAAUGUGCAAAGAUGAAACAGAUUUUAAUGUUUAAACAGCUUCAGCAGGAGCCGGAUUAUUGAGGUGACCGCGAAAGGAGUAAGCCUUGCGUCAGUAGAGAUGCUGGUGUCACGCCACACAUUUGAUAUAUACAUUGUAAGUUGGAGGGUUUGCGAGGAGCCUGGUGUUACUUUGCCAGAAGAUAGAACACUAAAUGUAUUCUCCACAGUCCUUGUUUGUUGUUUAUGUCUUAAGGAAGUUAUUUUUUAAUGUUCCACUGAGGGCUCCUGUACGAGCUCACUCCUCGUCAGGCCUCCCGCUGCAAUAAAGCUCUCCGGUGGUUACGGUUUGUUUUGAAGUUUUGUGUGUUAAGGUUAUCCCACGUGUGCGCCCCCUCUGUAUUUUCCUACCAUUCAUGUAACGGGGUUCGGGGUGGGGUUCUGCAUAAUAAAACGGUUUAUGUAUCCAUUA